AUGGGUGCAAGACAGCAGGGCUCGUGUUGGUGGCGGCUUGGGCUGAGACGAAAGUGGGCUGAGGAGAGACAAGCGAACGACGACGGCGGCGGCGCCGACGGUUGGGCGCGCACUAGCUGCGAUGCACGGAUUGACUCGGUGCAAUGCCAGUGGAUGCAGCUAGCGACAGACACGACAUGGGGGACUCCUGCGAGGGAGAGGCAGAAGAGGCAGAAGAAGCAGAAGAAGCAGAAGAAGCAGAAGAAGCAGAACUUAGUCCGUCAACAGCACCAGAAGCAGCAGCGUGCAUCUGCAUCUACAUGCACCCACGUCUGGCAUUAUUCUCGGGCGGUUGCUAUCACCGCACGAACUACGCCUACUGGACUUAAAAUCCAACCGAAUUCGCGCCUUGGCAUGGCUGAGUCAGCUAUGGCAGUAAUUCAAAGAGCUACAUAA